AUGACAGAACCUGACCACCCAAUCAACCAGGCGACAGAACCUGACCACUCAAUUCAAUCCCCCCAAUCAGCCAGGCGACUGAACCUGACUACCCAAUCCCACCAGGCGACAGAACCUGACCACCCAAUCCCACCAGACGACAGAACCUGGCUCCCCAAUCCAUUCCCCCCAAUCAACCAGGCGACAGAACCUGACUACCCAAUCCAAUCCCCCCAAUCAACCAGGCGACAUAACCUGAAUACCCAAUCCCACCAGACGACAGAACCUGACCACCCAAUCAACCAGGCGACAGAACCUGACCUCCCAAUCAACCAGGCGACAGAACCUGACCUCCCAAUCAACCAGGCGACAGAACCUGACCACCCAAUCCCACUAGGCGACAGAACCUGGCUACCCAAUCCAAUCCUCCCAAUCAGCCAGGCGACAGAACCUGACCUCCCAAUCCCACCAGGCGACAGAACCGGACCACCCAAUCAACCAGGCGACAGAACCGGACCACCCAAUCAACCAGGCGACAGAGCCUGA